UUGAUGCGCUAAAUUCAGCAGUCACCGUCUCCCUUCAUUGCCUAUCCGCUGCAAUGCCUUUACUGCGUAGUAUUAGCAUAAUUGGUUCUGGUAAUUGGGGCUCUACCAUAGCAAAAAUUAUAGGGACUAAUGUUUUGAAGAGCCCUAGCUACCAACCUAAGGUGAAGAUGUGGGUAUUUGAAGAGCAAGUAGAUGGCCGAAAAUUAAGUGAAAUAAUUAACACCUCCCACGAAAACCCCAAAUAUUUGCCAGGGGUCAAUCUUCCGCAAAAUGUUGUUGCAAUCCCAGAUCUUUCUGAAUGCACUAGGGAAGCCGAUAUUCUUGUAUUUGUUCUACCUCACCAAUUCCUGCCAAACGUUUGUAAAUCCAUGCGUCCAGUAAUAAAAAAGGGUGCAAUUGGUGUUUCACUUAUCAAGGUGGGCCUU